AUGAAGCUCCACUUUAAACUGGAAGGGUCCGUCAACGGACAUUGUUUCGAGAUCCAAGGAGAAGGGGAAGGAAAACCAUUCGAGGGAGAGCAGUGGGCUAAGCACUGCGUGGUGAAGGGGAAGCAUCUACCGUUCUCCUUAGACAUCAUCAUGCCGAACAUCACGUUCGCCAAGUACCCAGAUGGCAUGACUGGCUUCUUCAAAGCUGCCGUUGUGAAUGGCGGGCUGAGCUGGGAACGCACCAUGGCUUUCGAGGAUCGAGGCUACUGUACGGCAGUAAACACAUCAGAGUAUGCGAGGGCGGCAAUAUAUGAUCAAUGGCUCAAAAACGGCAGGCUCCAUUAUCACACGACUUUCCACGGAAUCAACCUCAACCCGGAGAAACCCUUAAUGCAGAAGAGGACGAUGGGGUGGUUACCAAGCGUGGAGACGAACAUUCCACGGGGAGACACUCUCGUCGGUGACAUCAACAUGCUCCUUAAAGUCAACGACGGCUCUUUUUUGCGCGUCAAAUUUGAGACGGUCUACAGGUUCAUGAAGCCCGUGCCUGCGGGAUUCAAGAUGCCACCGCACCACUUCAUGGCCUACAGACUGACAAGGGUUGACAACGACGAGCCGUGACACUGUGAUUCAGCACGAGUAGCCUACAGACUGCAAGGGUUGACAACGACGAGCCGUGAUACUGUGAUUCAGCACGAGUAGCCUACAGACUGACAAGGGUUGACAACGACGAGCACUGUGACACUGUGAUUCAGCACGAGUGGCCUACAGACUGACAAGGGUUGACAACGACGAGCCGUGACACUG